UCAUCUUCCUUGCAAAUCACAUGAAAACUUGUUGAGUUGAGAAUUCUCCAAACAUGUUUGUUUGAGUGAGUAAUUUUGCCACAAUGCACACAAGCUUUCGACUACCGUUAUUGCAACUAAAUAACAAUUGUGUUGAAUAUUGUUUCAGACUAAUGGGCUAUCUAUUUAAAACAAAACAGUCGUGCAUCAUCUCAACGUUUUGUCUUUAUUUUAAAGGUUCACUUAAACUAAUUAGAAGUGCCUGUUUUCAUAAGAUAUAACUCAGUACAUGUCGUGCUUUUUCUUUUCCCAUAUCCAAUCAGUCAAUACGCGAAAUACCACUGUCCCUUUCUUCAUCCCGUCAGCUGACAAACACACAAACAACGAUCAUUAUGCUAAUCCCGCCGCUCUCACUGGUCGCCAGGCGCUCUGACGUCACGCGCGCGCACACUAUAACAGCGCGGAGAGCUCUGGCGUCCUGCUACAGUCUGAGUACUCAGGAGUGAGAGCGAGCUGAACUCUCUGCGGUGCAGAGCUGGAGAAACACAGCACACGUCGCUGGCUUAAGGACAUAUUUCUGGAGUAUCCGGGAUCGGGACGGGAGCCCUUCUCCGGUACUCAUUUGUGUCUUUUAUUUAUGCUCUGAGUUCAAGUGCGGCGACGGGACGCGAGAGAGAAACUUGACUUUUUUUCCCCCCUUCCUCUAGUCCUGCGAGUAGAGACUCCAAAAGACUGCAGCUGAAAGUCGAGGUCUGUUCGUCCAUAUGAGGCAAAUGUCUUUUGCAGUGCAUUAGUCCUGAAAGUUUUCUCUCUGUUUUUUUUUCUUUUGCUGUUUGAACAAUUUCCGAGUGACUCUGAAUGCGCUCGAGCGCGUCGCGUUCGGAAACCCAUCCAGAAAUAUUGCAUGCGCAAAGGCGAAAGUCGGAUUUUGCGACGUUGGUAAACACUUUGCUGAAGAACAGGGGCACGAUGAGCGCAGAUCUCGCCAUGGGGCCCGAGCUGCCCACCAGCCCGCUGGCGUUGGAAUAUGUCAAUGACUUUGAUUUAAUGAAAUUCGAGGUGAAGAAAGAGGCAUUGGCGGGGCUCGACCGCUCCAAUAUACGGCCGUGCAACCGCCUCCAGCCGCAGGGCUCCGUGUCCUCCACUCCGAUCAGCACCCCGUGCAGCUCCGUGCCGUCCUCCCCGAGCUUCAGCCCCACGGAGCAGAAGAACCAUCUGGAGGAGCUGUACUGGAUGCCCAGCGGCGCGUACCCGCAGCAGAUCGACCCGCAGACGCUGAGCCUGACGCCCGAAGACGCGGUGGAGGCUUUGAUCGGUGCCACGGCCCACGGGCACCCUCCGCCCCCUCAUGUGCAGCAGCAGCUGCAAGCGGGAGCUUUUGAGGGAUACAGGGGCGCGCAUCACCACCACCACGGCCACGCGCAGCAACAGCAGCAGCAACAACAGCCGCAGCACCACCACCAAUACGGCGCGAUCCCGCAUCAUCCCGACGACCUGCCAGUUCACCCCGGCCACCACCAGCAUCAACACCACCACCAUCACCACCACCACAGCCAGGACCCCGACAGCCCCUCUCCCAGCUCACCCCAGCAGCUCCACCACCGCCACCACCACCACCACCACCCGCACGGACACCCGGGCCAGCAGGGUCACCACGGCCUGAACGUGGAGGACCGCUUCUCCGACGACCAGCUGGUGUCCAUGUCCGUGCGGGAGCUGAACCGACACCUGCGGGGCUUCACCAAGGACGAGGUGAUCCGCCUGAAGCAGAAACGGCGGACCCUGAAGAACCGCGGCUACGCGCAGUCGUGCCGGUACAAGCGCGUGCAGCAGAAGCACGUGCUGGAGAACGAGAAGACCCAGCUCAUCAACCAGGUAGAGCAGCUCAAGCAAGAGAUCAACCGGCUGGCCCGAGAGAGAGACGCCUACAAACUCAAGUGCGAGAAACUGAGCGGAGCGAACGGGUUCCGCGAGGCAGGAUCCACGAGCGACAACCCGUCCUCUCCGGAGUUCUUCAUGUGAGUGAGACCGAGACAUUAUACAGACACAGUACUGCUCCUAUUAGAAGAAUAACCACGAGAAAUAAUAACCGCAUAUGUGUAACCAUCGCCACCGACCUCGGCAACUAAGAACAUGUUAGAAUGUUUUUUUUUUUCUGGGAAAUGUAGAUUAGUUGCUUGUAGUUUUACCCGUUUUCUUAGAGAUCUGACGAGAAAAGAAAAGUGAAGAACUGGCUUUUUUGUGUGUGUGUGUUUAGGAUAAGACCUUCUUUCCACAUGGUUUUGUUCUCGUUUGUUCACGAAAAAGAAAAAAAGAAAAGAGUCUGUGCUAAGCGAAAAAGAGAAACUUUGGACUUUCCCCCCCAAACUUGGCCAGAAGAGUUGAGAGCGCCACAAUAUGCAAAACCUCCCUUACUUCUCCUGUGCGACCCGACAGGGGGACUUAUGCAACAUCUCAUUGGUUUAUUGCCUGCUUGGUUAUAUAUAGAUAUUAUAUAUAUAUAUAUAUAUUAAAAAGAAAAGAAAAAAAAAAACGACAAACACAUAAAUCUGCAUUAAGAUAUUAAUCCUGCAUGCUGGACAUGUAUGGUAAUAAUUUCUAUUUUAUACAUUCUUUCUUUCUGUCUUUCUUUCUUUCUGUUCAUUAUGUAUCAUAAAGAGCAUGUUUUUGAUCUUUAGCUCUUUUUUGGGGAUAUGAGACUGGGUUCAUUUUGGACUUGUAAAUAUAUGCAACAGCAAACCUACAAACCGACAUCGAAGAGCUGAUUGUUUUCCAUCGUUUAUGAUUUGUUUCAUGUUUUGGGAAUUGAUUUCCAGUAAUGGGCAUUUUUGCGGUUGCAUUUAAACUUUUUUAAAAGAAGCGCACUUUUGUUUAUGGGGGGGGGGCCUAUGGGAUUUUUGGGAUUGGCAUUUUUUUUUUGUUCGUCAUCUUAUAAGAGCAGACAUUACACAGGUGACGUUAUCUUGACAGUCAUAUCUGAUUGUAGCGAGACACAAAAGUGCGCGCGCGUGUUUUUCCCUUUCAUGCAGGCUGUUGCAUAAUCUAUCGCUAUUCUAUAAUAUAAGUAAUUCUUAUAGGUCGUAUCUUUUUGAUGGAUAUUGGCACCCUUUCAUCAUCAUUUUUAUUAUUUUAUAUUUUUGUUGUUGUUGAGCUAUAUGAGCUGCCAGUUUUAUAAACCAACAUUUCAAAAUGUAGUUAUUAUAAUCCAGCUCGAGGGUGUCAGGCUUCCUAAAUCAGGGGUUUGUGUAUUAUUGCCUAACAUGAAAACUACGCAUGUAUUUCAAUGGAGAGUUUCAAUGAUCAAUGUUUAAUGUUUUCCUUUAUUUUUUUUUCUGCCGGUCAGUAAAAAAUAAGGGAUUCAGGUUCUGCAUAAUCUCAAAAUGAAAAAUUAUAUGUCUCAUGUUAUGUUUUUGUUUUUUUUUCUUCUUCCUGUUUGUUUUAUUAUUAUGUCGAGAUUCUGGUUCUGCUGGCCAGAUGCAUAGUUUUUAUUUUAAUGAUUUAAAUUAACAAACUUGUCAGAUCAUAUUUGAAUAAGCAUGGUGCUUGCAUCUAAGAAAUAUUGUUAAAAAGUCAUGCAUUUAACAAUCUUUUUGGUUUGUUACUGAUUCAACUGUGUUGAAAUCAAAUGUAAACUGCAGCAGCGGGUUGUUGUUCUGUUUGUUAAUUUCAUGCUAUUAUGAGGGGAUCAAUUUUCAAAUCUGUUUAUAUAAAUGGAAAAAAAAAGAAUAAGUUCAAUUCGGACUGUUCCAUUCAGGCUGGUUUCUGUUUCGUUUUUGCUGUUUUUGGAAGAAAUGGUUUCCUAUUUUGCUUAUUAAAGUCAGUGAAACGACA